CCGGCAGGUGGCGCCCCUUCUUCCUCCUCGCGCUGCCACGUCACCCGCCGACUCACCACCGCAUAAAUAGUAAAGAUGGCGGCGUCCAUCCGGGAGAAACAGACAGCUGCCCUGAAGCGAAUGCUAAAUUUUAACGCCCCACCCCUGAAAAAUACAGCAGCUGAACCAGUAUGGAAGGUCCUUAUUUACGAUCGCUUUGGCCAAGAUAUCAUCUCUCCCCUUCUGUCUGUGAAAGAGUUAAGAGACAUGGGGAUCACUCUUCACCUAUUAUUGCACUCAGACCGAGAUCCCAUUCCAGAUGUCCCUGCCAUUUACUUUGUAAUGCCAACAGAGGAGAACAUAGACAGGAUAUGUCAGGACCUGCGGAACCAACUUUAUGAGUCCUACUACCUGAACUUUAUCUCAGCAAUCUCCAGAAGCAAACUGGAGGAUAUUGCAAGUUCUGCUCUUGCAGCAAAUGCUGUGAACCAGGUGACCAAAGUGUUUGAUCAAUAUUUGAACUUCAUCACACUAGAAGACGACAUGUUUGUCCUCUGCAAUCAAAACAAAGAACAGAUAUCUUAUCAUGCGAUCAAUAAGCCAGAUAUCAUGGACACAGAUAUGGAGGCUAUAAUGGAUACUAUUGUGGACAGUCUGUUCUGCUUCUUUGUUACUCUCGGUGCUGUCCCAAUAAUCCGAUGUCCCAGAGGGAACGCAGCAGAAAUGGUUGCUGUGAAACUUGACAAGAAACUGAGAGAGAAUUUGCGAGAUGCGCGCAACAGUCUGUUCACCGGAGAUACCAUGGGCGCUGGCCAGUUCAGUUUCCAGAGGCCGCUAUUUGUUCUUGCCGACCGCAACCUGGAUCUUGCCACCCCACUCCAUCACACAUGGACCUACCAAGCCCUCAUUCAUGACGUCUUGGACCUGCACUUGAACAGGGUCAGUUUGGAGGAGUCUCCAGGGUCCGAGGUCAGUCCGGCAGGGGCUCGACCCAAAAAGAAGAAUAAGAAAAGCUAUGAUCUCACUGCUGCUGACAAGUUUUGGCAGAAGCACAAAGGAAGCCCGUUCCCAGAGGUUGCAGAAUCGGUGCAGGAAGAGUUGGAUAAGUACAGAGCCCAGGAAGAAGAGGUCAAGCGUCUAAAGAGCAUCAUGGGUUUAGAAGGGGAGGAUGAGGGAGCCAUUAGCAUGUUGUCGGAUAACACUGCCAAACUUACCUCAGCUGUUAGUUCUCUUCCCGAGCUCCUAGAGAAGAAGAGACUGAUUGACCUCCACACCAACGUUGCCACAGCAGUUCUCGACCACAUCAAGUCUCGCAAGCUGGAUGUGUACUUUGAAUAUGAGGAAAAGCUAAUGAGCAAAUCGACUCUGGACAAAUCUCUUCUGGACAUCAUCACUGACCCUGAUGCUGGUACCCCAGAGGAUAAGAUGAGACUCUUCCUGAUCUACUACAUCACCUCCCAGCAACCCCCAUCUGAGGGAGAUCUGGAGCAGUACAAAAAGGCUUUGAUUGACGCUGGCUGUGACCUCUCACCCUUGAACUACAUAAAGCAGUGGAAGGCUUUCACGAAGAUGGCAGCCGCGCCAGCCAAUUACGGCAACAGUGGAGUGAAACCAAUGGGCCUUUUCUCCCGAGUGAUGAACACUGGUUCGCAAUUCGUUAUGGAAGGGGUGAAGAAUCUGGUGUUGAAACAGCAUAAUUUACCAGUUACUCGGAUCUUGGACAACUUGAUGGACAUGAAAUCAAAUCCGGAGACAGAUGACUACAGGUACUUUGAUCCAAAGAUGCUGCGCGGCAGUGAAAGCUCCAUUCCAAGGAACAAGAACCCCUUUCUGGAGGCCAUUGUGUUUGUCGUUGGUGGAGGCAACUAUAUAGAAUACCAGAAUCUUGUUGACUACGCAAAGGCAAAACAGGGGAAGAGAGUGCUGUACGGUUGUAGUGAGCUGUUCAGUGCAGCACAGUUCACUAAACAGCUUUCCCAACUGGGCCAGAAGUAGGACACGCCCAGUGUCCCAAAUCUCAAGCAUUUAAACCUGCAAUGAAAUCUUCUCCAUACACCGCUGUCCUUCUAACAACAGAAAUGAUGAUGUUCUGAUAUUCCAUGUUCUUUAUAAUCCUUUAUAAUUCCAUGCUCUUUACUUUUAUUUAAUGAAGUCACUUGGUUAACUCUCUCAACAAUAAAGUUUAACAGUCUUACACAAAA